AUUGCUUUUGUAAUUCAUAAUUGUGCUUGCUUAUUGCAAAAUUACACACGAAACCCAGUGGAUAAUUAAAUCUGUCUAAUAUAAUGCUGGGGAAGAAAACACAGAACUGAUCCUGAUUCGCUCCAUGGUUACUGGUUGUUAUGGUAACCACCAACUUUCAAGAGCAACAUAACUGACAGGAGGGCAGCGCAGUGCCAGAAACACUUUUUAGACAGUAGAAGUUGAUCUUCGUGUUCAAUAAGCAGUUGGAGUUGAUAGCACCAAGUAAACAACAAAAGAUAGAAGUGAAAGCAUAAAACUACAGGUUCGCUGACCUCUGACCUGAAACACAGAGCUUAAACGCCUCAUCUGCUGCUGACACUCAUCACCAGUAUUAUUAGUCGACGUGUUUUUGGUCUCGGUAUUUUUCAUGUUAGGAUCAUGUUGGCUUUCUGGACUGUUUCUGCUGUGCUCCUUCUUUUCUUCACGCAGGACAGAGGCAGUGCUCGUCUGAUCUACGCAAAAGUUGGUGACUUUGUUGUCCUGCAUCCAGGUCAGACCUUUGAUUCCAUAUUGGCCGUAACCUGGAAGCACAACAUGAACAACAUCAUGGAGUGGUCUGGAGCCGGUACAACUUGUUUAAGAGGUUUUAUUGGCCGCUGUGGUUUUGACAAAUCAACUGGAAGUUUGAUCAUCAACCAUCUGACAGUAGAGGACACUGGCAACUACAACGCUGAGAUUGACGGCAAGAUUCUUGAUCAGAUAGAGCUCUGGGUUAUCAUACCGGUCCCAAAACCCACAGUGUCCAUAGAAUGCAACAAGGAUAAGAGCCACUGUAACCUCACCUGUAAAGCCAACAUCACUUCUCAUUUUGGACCCGUCAUGUAUAGAUGGGAAGCAGGGGGCAAGCUGCUGUCCAAUAAAAUGAAGCUGAUGUUAACAAAGAAUAACAUGGAGUACUCCUAUGUCUGCACGUUGCUAAACCCCUUUAGCAACUCGUCCAGUGAUAAGGUGACUUACCCCGUUAGCCCUAAAGGGAUUCAUCCUGCAGCACUGGCUGUACCAGUUGUGGUUGUGGUCCUGGCUCUGGUUGCGAUUGGUGGCUAUAUUAGGCACAAGAAAGAGCAAAAACAAGCACAGAAUGUUGAAGAAGCCAUUGAUGAGACGUCUGCUAUGAGCCUGAAAGCCGUGACGGAAAGUGGAAUAAGUUUGGAAAGUAUUGAAAGUACUGGAGUGUGCUCAGGUACAGUACGGAAGUUCAGCUCUGCACUAGAACAUUAUCUCCAAGAUGAAGAAGAACAGUGGGUGCAGCACCAUCCGGAGUACAGGAAGUUAAGCCGCGAGCUGCGGGAAUUCCGGCUUCAUAGAGACCUCUAAAUUCAUCACAGAUGUACUGAAUCAAGCAAAGCACCGCUUGACCUUUUUAUUUUGCCACCUCUUAACAAACUAAAUUCAUUUUAUUGGGAUUUUGGAAGCAAAGUAUUUUAGAUCAAUUAUUUGUUACACCCCAAAUCAACUUUUUCUGCUCAUAAAGUCUCUAAACUGGUCCUCAAGGGUAUUGUCUUUAUGUUUCUGUGAAAAUUGUUACAUUUUUGUGUUUAAUUCUGUAAUAUUAGGCCUCAGACAGUCUCAGUGCUGCCCUCUUCAGGUUGAACAGGGUAACAACUGUACAGCUUGGUUAGCGUUUGUGUCACACAGCACCAUGUUUGGCUAUAAAACCUUCUCACUCUAUACUGUUACUGCAGCGUGAAAGGUGCUUUCACAUGCCGUCAACAUAGAAAUCUAGAGUACAAAGUUCCCACAAGGCUGAAGUGGAAAUGAUCGGCGCCAUCUUUGUAGGCAAGCACAUACACAUGACUUCAAGACCAGCAAAAAGAAAAUAUGUGGUGGACACUCUUGACUGAUGUUUGACAUGAACAAAAUGGUUUGGUUGGAGUUUUAUAAGGAUCGUCUGGAGGCGGAGUCGUGCUUUCACAGGGACACAAGUUACACUUUUGAGCAACAAUCCUCACAUGACAGCAGUUGGUUAAUAGGUACACAGUUGUGAAAAAGUUUAAAGUGAUUAGAUUUUGUUCACCUAAAAUGCAACGGCAGACGGCGACAAUAUUAACCAGAAAACCAAGAGACCUAUUUUAACUCUGGAGGAGCUGCAGAGAUCCACAGCUCAGGUUGGAGAAUCUAUUCACCAGAGCUGGGCAGAAACUAGUUCCUUUUACUUAAUUGUAUUUACUUGUGUAACUUUAAGAGGAAAAACAGCUUAAAAAUAGUUUUACUGCGCCACACUUUUUAUUUUUAAAUGAGUAAUAGUAUUAUGUACUCUUACUUGGAUAAAAUUUCAUUUCACUCUAACAACAACAAGUAAGUUGAGUGAAGAACAAGUUCUAACCAAAAUUCUACCAGACACAAACCUACAAUUUAUGUCAAAGUGAGACCUCUUAUUCAUACACAAGCUUUGGCUUCUCUAAUGCUAAUUUCAAAUUGCUGAGCUAUUUGGAAAUGAAGAUAUAAUAAACACCAGACAUAAUCCUGAAAGUUCAUAUAUAAUACAAAAGUUUAAUACAUGCACUG